AUGGCAGCAGCAGUGUCGGCUCGUGAGGAGAAUGUUUACAUGGCCAAACUAGCCGAGCAGGCGGAGCGCUAUGAGGAAAUGGUUGAAUUCAUGGAGAAAGUGUCGGCCUCGUUAACAGGGUCCGAGGAACUCACUAUUGAGGAGAGGAAUCUGCUUUCAGUGGCGUACAAGAACGUAAUUGGGGCGCGGAGGGCGUCCUGGCGCAUCAUAUCGUCCAUUGAGCAGAAGGAGGAGUCGAGGGGAAAUGAAGACCAUGUGAGCGCUAUUAAGGAGUACAGAUCAAAGAUUGAAUCGGAACUUUCGAACAUUUGUGGUGGAAUUCUUAAGUUACUUGAUUCCAGGCUGAUUCCUUCGGCUUCUGUUGGGGAUUCCAAAGUUUUCUAUUUGAAAAUGAAAGGGGAUUAUCAUAGGUACUUGGCUGAGUUUUUGACUGGUGCUGAAAGAAAAGAUACUGCGGAGAAUACUCUUUCUGCCUACAAGUCUGCUCAGGACAUUGCUAAUACAGAACUUGCUCCAACCCACCCAAUCCGACUUGGACUGGCUCUGAACUUCUCCGUGUUCUACUACGAAAUUUUGAACUCUCCUGACCGUGCUUGUAAUCUUGCUAAACAGGCCUUUGAUGAAGCAAUUGCUGAGUUGGAUACCCUAGGCGAGGAGUCGUACAAAGACAGCACUUUGAUUAUGCAACUUCUUCGCGAUAACCUGACUCUCUGGACCUCUGACAUGCAGGAUGAUGGAACUGAUGAUAUCAAAGAAGCUCCUAAACGCGAUGAUGAACAACAGGGAGAGUGA